AUGGGUGAGUUCCCCUAAUCUUUCCCUCCUGUGUUGGGUUUUCGGACUCGAGAUAUGGAUUCUCUGCUCCGCCUUUCUCUCAAUCUCAUGCUCCCCCCCCCAAACCGAUUCUGAACAGGGAAGGUUCACGGAUCUCUGGCGCGUGCGGGGAAGGUGAGAGGGCAGACGCCAAAAGUGGCGAAGCAGGACAAGAAGAAGAAGCCCAGGGGUAGGGCUCACAAGCGCAUGCAGUACAACCGCCGGUUCGUCACUGCAGGUAUUGAUUCCUUCUCCUCGCCCGUUUUCAAUCUUUUGAAACAUCUCUGGCAAUGUCUAGCGUCAAUGAAUCGAUCUCACUAACAAAUAGAACAAUUCAAAUGAGUUACCGGUUGGUUUCGAUUUCACAUCCCUCUUGCAAUAUCUCUGAAAGAUUGUCCAGGAAUAUUUCAACUAGUUAUGAGAAGUUGUGUGUUCACAAAAUAUUGUGCAUGUUUAUUUUCACGCGAACAGUUAUCAAUCAUCUGAUACACACUUCGGGAUUUUUUUCCUUUCAGUUGUUGGAUUCGGCAAGAAGAGGGGGCCUAACUCGUCAGAGAAGUAA